UUUAAUACUUAUUUGAAAUCGUACUAUUUUAUAUAACUCUGAGUAUAAUCGAUUAAUUUGCAAGAUUUAAUGAAAAUUUUUAAGAUAUUCCUUUUGUAUUGAAUGCUAUUUAGUUAUUUGCAUAUAUUGAAUCUAUAACACAAAUAAAACGAGUAGUUAAUCCAUUGUUUCCUGAUGGCGCUAACCCCGUUUUUUCGUUUGCCGCUUACUGAUUUAACCGGUUGCUUGGUUAAUCAUCAGACCUACGAUAAAUGCGGAGAACUUGAAAUGAAUAUGAUGGAAUGUCUGGAAGCGUACGGUGGUGAACGUGGCAAGAAAAUGUGUAAAGAUUUAAUUGAUGAUUUUGGAGAAUGUGUUAACAUGCGUAAGCAAAUGCUACGUGUUGAGGCUAUGCGCAAAGAACGAUUUAGGCAAUACAGAGCCGGCGAACGGAAAAAGGAAGAAUUAUACGCGGAAUCGCCCAGAAUUGACGCCUAUUAAUUAUAAAUUUUCCGAAAAUGAAUUUACAUAAAUUUCAUGGAUGUGGAAAAUUUUUUAGAUGGGAUUAAUAUAGAAGAUAUAACGUAAACAUGCGAAUAUGUUGUUGUUAAACCGAAGGCUUGUAAUAUAAAAUGUAAAUAAAAGUCAUUUCAGUCUAUGAGGACGGAACUA